CCUCUUCUUUCAAUCCACCUUGUCUUCUCCACUGUACCACUUUCACAGUAUUAACAGACGAAACCAUCACCACCACCAACAUUUAGGAGAGCCGAAAAUUCCGGCAACCAUGGCUGCCGCCGCAGCUGCAAUAGGUUCUUGCUUCUCCACCGCUGCUACCACCUCUUGUAUCCGUUCAAAACAAGUGGCACUUGAUUUUGUCCUGAGAAUUAGCCAUGUCCGUACUUUACAAGUAGCUUCAGUGUCCCACUCUCACUCCAUUGAAUUCCACUCAACUGGCGUGAUCUCCCACAAGUGGCAAACACCGAGGAUCUCAGCAGCUGUUGCACAAGAAGAGGCAGCGACAGCGAUCCAGACGGAACCCGAAUCGGUGGAGGAGCCAGAGGAUAUAGUUGAUGAGGAAGGAGAGGAUCAGGUAUUGGGUGAAGAUGAAGCUCAGACUCCUGUAAACACUAAGCUUUACUUCGGAAAUCUUCCUUAUAACUGUGACAGUGCUCAACUCGCUGGAAUUGUCCAAGAAUAUGGAAGUCCAGAGAUGGUUGAGGUGCUUUAUGAUAGGGAGACAGGAAGAAGCAGAGGAUUUGCAUUUGUUACAAUGAGCAGUACUGAAGAUGCAAAUGCAGUUAUCAAAAAUCUUGAUGGAAGUAUAUUUGGUGGUCGGACACUUAAGGUGAACUUCUCAGAUAAACCAAGACCUAGGGAGCCGAUGUAUCCUGAAACCGAAUACAAGCUUUUUGUGGGGAACUUAUCAUGGUCAGUCACAUCGGAGAGUUUGUUCCAAGUUUUCCAAGAAUAUGGUAAUGUGGUUGGAGCCAGAGUCCUAUAUGAUGGAGAUACAGGACGAUCUCGUGGUUAUGGUUUUGUUUGCUACUCAUCCAAGCUGGAGAUGGAUGCUGCUCUUGAAUCUCUCAAUGGAGUGGAGCUAGAAGGGCGAGGAAUGCGUGUUAGCAUAGCAUUGGGUAAAAGAUCCUGAAUGUGAAAACCAACAACAGAUUAGGGGCCAUAUGAGAGGAGAUACAGCACUACUUUUGAUGAAUUGAUCAGAUACCUUGAGCUUACAGAUAAUCUCCCUUGGUGGUUGCAUGAUUCCUCUCUCAUUGUGUAUAUUGCAAUUCUUGCUUUUAUAGCUUUUUAACUUUGAAGCUUGAUUUUACUCUACUCCCAUGAUAGCUUUCCUAAUAAAAAUCACUAAACGUUUCAAUUA